AUGAGCUCGGUUGUUAACUAUGAGCCAUUCGCGGAUCGCUGCAUUGACAUCUUCUUCCAGAGAUUAGACGAAUUUGCAAGUCACAAGAAGUCUUUAAAUCUGGGCCACUGGUUUCAAUACUACGCAUUCGACGUUAUUGGAGACAUCACAUUUGGUCAUAGAUUUGGUUUCCUGGACCACGGAAAAGACAUUGACAAUGCAAUGAAUGCCAUCCACAAGAUCAUGAUCUAUAGCACCCUCAUCGGUAUCUAUCCCGAAUGGCACUCAACGCUCUUUGCACUUAUGAGCAAAAUCAAGUCGAGUGGUGCUGCAGGUAGAAAUUUUAUUGGAAAAUUUGUUCAAGAGAAGAUCGGCCUCAUUCGAAAAGAACGGAGUGACAAUAAAAAGCGCGAUCAGACUGGCCCAGAAAGCUUCAUGAUCAAAAUGAUGCAUGCUCGCGAACAAAAUCCAAAUAAAGUGACCGAAUACCACCUCGCUCUAAUGGGACAAUUAAACGUCGGUGCUGGAUCUGACACCACAGCCAGCAGCCUGUCAGGAAUAAUGUGGUAUCUGAUACAAAACCCCGAGGCACUACGUAAAUUACGCGAAGAGAUCGAUGAAUUUACCCAACAAGGCCGUUGCAGCCAUGCAAUCACAUUUAAGGAGACUCAAGAGAUGCCGUAUCUGCAAGCUGUCAUCAAAGAAGCUCUGCGCAUGCAUGCAGCCACGGGAUUACCCAUGUGGAGAGAGGUCCCUGCAGGGGGAGCAAAGAUCAGUGGUCGGUUUUUCCCAGCGGGUACAGUCGUUGGUGUCAAUUCUUGGGUUACGCAUUACGAUGAAAAGGUGUUUCCCAAUGCGACGACAUUUUCACCUGAGCGUUGGCUCGAGGCGGAAUCCGAACCAGAGAGAAUGAAGGACAUGAACCAGAUGUACAUGCCGUUUGGUUUGGGCUCAAGAACCUGUAUUGGGAAACAUAUCUCUAUUCUGGAGAUGUCCAAGUUGAUCCCGCGGUUGGCACGCGAUUAUGAUUUAACUUCGUUACGAGCGACCAUGAACACAGAGAAUUAUUGGUUUGUUAAACCCACUGAUUUUGAGGUGGUUGUCUCUCCUCGGAGCAGGGAUUGA